UAUUAUUCCUAAAAUGAAUCUCAAUUACAAUUUCUCUUUUUAAAUUGUUACUCUUUGUGUUAAGAGUUGAAUUAGCCCAUUGGGCCUAAACUUUUGUUAUGAAAUCAACGAAAUGCUGUCCACAACCGGAUUGCCUCAGCUUGUCAAACAAGAGGUCAGCAGCUUCCAUUAAUGGAGAGCCAAAAUUUACAGCCGGCCAUCAAAACCCUAACCCAAGAACGUAUCAAGCUCAACGUCGGCGGCGAGCUCUUUGAAACCACUGUCUCCACCAUACGCUCCGGCGGUCCAGAGUCUCUCUUGUAUGCUCUAUCAUACCGGUCCAUAGAUGAUCGGAAUCCAAUUUUCAUAGAUCGCGAUCCAGAGAUAUUCUCCGUCCUCCUUUCUCUUCUCCGCACCAACCGAUUGCCUUCAUCGGCUCGCCGAUUUUCAAAGCAGGAACUCUCCGAUGAAGCCGUGUUCUACGGUAUCGAGACUAAUUUCAAUUUAGCAAUCUCUCCUCCGCCGUUCAACGGCAUCGAUGCAUCCAUCGUCGCCAACGUCCGCCCUACUUCCGACGGCGUCGUAUCGUCUUUCACGGCUGCAAAUGGAGACGGCUCCAUCUGGCUAGCUCACGGAGGUCAAAUCUCCAGCUACGAUCGGAAUUUAAUCCACGAGAGAACGAUUAGAACUCACUUAGACGAAAUCAGCUCAAUCCGGCGCGUUUGGCCAGAAAUUGCAGCGUUAGGUUCAAACACCACUUCCGGACUUCAUUUCUACAAUUUCUACAGCGGGCGACACAUCGGCUCAUCUCACUGGUCAGAUCCUACUGAUCCUCGCAUCUACAAAGCCAGAGUAACCGCAAUCGCCGAUUCACCGACUUCAAUUUUCGCCGCCUUCGAUUGCCCUCACAGAGAGAAUUCCAUACUCCUCAUCGACAAAUCAAGCCUGAAAAUCAAGUGUGAACUCGGGCGACAACUUGGAUCCUCGGCCAAGAACAGCGUCGCCGGAAAGCUGACGUGGAUACCAGAAAGCAACGUACUGUUCGGAAGCGCAGUAACGUGUGGAGCAUUUGGGUACUCAGGGUACAUGAGGCUAUGGGACGCUAGGUCGGGUAAAGUGGUUUGGGAAACGAACGAGCCAGGUUCGGGUCGAAGCAGUAGAUUCGGGGACUCUUUCGCUGACGUGGAUGUGGACGUGGAAGGGUUGAAGGUAUUGAAAGUGUGCUCGAAAUCAGGGGAUUUGGGAGUGGCAGAUCUUCGUAAUUUAGGGGAUGAUCCAUGGGUAUAUUUGAAAGACAAAAAUCCAGGGAUGGGAAAUACGAGUAGAAAGGGGAUUGGGAAUGUGAAAAUUCAUUGCUUUAGAAAAGAGGUGUUGGUAGGGAGAGAUGGAGAAUUGGAGGUUUGGUCGACGGUGGAAGGAAGAGGAAGUGGAGAUGAUGAAUCAAAAGGGAACAGUGAGGAAUUAUAUUGUAGGAAUUACGUGGAUAAGAGUGAGGAUUCAGAGAAAGGGAUUAUAAAGGAAAUAGAAGGUGGUGGGGAUAGGCUGUUUGUUUCUCGAGAAAAUGCAGAAGGAAUUGAGGUUUGGGAAACUUCUACCUUUUCCGGUGUCCGUUCGGUUUUAUGACUUUCACAAUGUUUCUUAUUGUUAAUUGGGCCUUAAUUGGGCCUUCCUUGUAGAUCACACUUAGUUUUUGAAGUAUUUUUCUCUUCUUUUUUGCUCACCAAAUGUAAGAAUUUUGUUGUUGUAAAUAAUUUAGUUUGGUUCAAUUAGAUCACCUUACUAUCUAUUUCUUUAA